GUCGGCUUCCGGAAGCUCAUCUCAAAAUGCUGAACUGCUCUUUGGAAGUCGCCGGUGCUGUAGUAGUUGGAGUCUGUUCACGGGCCUGAGCCUCGAGGCCAGGCUCCUGGGUGUCGUUAAUGUUCGGGGCCGCCGGGCGCCAACCGAUCGGAGCUCCAGCAGCCGGGAACAGCUGGCAUUUCAGUAGAACCAUGGAGGAGCUGGUUCAUGACCUUGUCUCAGCAUUGGAAGAGAGCUCAGAGCAAGCUCGAGGUGGAUUUGCUGAAACAGGAGACCAUUCUCGGAGUAUAUCUUGCCCUCUGAAACGCCAGGCAAGGAAAAGGAGAGGGAGAAAACGGAGGUCCUAUAAUGUGCAUCACCCGUGGGAGACUGGUCACUGCUUAAGUGAAGGCUCUGAUUCUAGUUUAGAAGAACCAAGCAAGGACUACAGAGAGAAUCACAAUAAUAAUAAAAAAGAUCACAGUGAUUCUGAUGACCAAAUGUUAGUAGCAAAGCGCAGGCCAUCAUCAAACUUAAAUAAUAAUGUUCGAGGGAAAAGACCUCUAUGGCAUGAGUCUGAUUUUGCUGUGGACAAUGUUGGCAAUAGAACUCUGCGCAGGAGGAGAAAGGUAAAACGCAUGGCAGUAGAUCUCCCACAGGACAUCUCUAACAAACGGACAAUGACCCAGCCACCUGAGGGUUGUAGGGAUCAGGACAUGGACAGUGAUAGAGCCUACCAGUAUCAAGAAUUUACCAAGAUCAAAGUCAAAAAAAGAAAGUUGAAAAUAAUCAGACAAGGACCAAAAAUCCAAGAUGAAGGAGUAGUUUUAGAAAGUGAGGAAAUGAGCCAGACCAAUAAGGACAAAAUGGAAUGUGAAGAGCAAAAAGUCUCAGAUGAGCUCAUGAGUGAAAGUGAUUCCAGCAGUCUCAGCAGUACUGAUGCUGGAUUGUUUACCAAUGAUGAGGGAAGACAAGGUGAUGAUGAACAGAGUGACUGGUUCUAUGAAAAGGAAUCAGGUGGAGCAUGUGGUAUCACUGGAGUCGUGCCCUGGUGGGAAAAGGAAGAUCCUACUGAGCUAGACAAAAAUUUACCAGAUCCUGUCUUUGAAAGUAUCUUAACUGGUUCUUUUCCCCUUAUGUCACACUCAAGCAGAAGAGGUUUCCAAGCUAGACUCAGUCGCCUUCAUGGAAUGUCUUCAAAGAAUAUUAAAAAGUCUGGAGGGACUCCAACUUCAAUGGUACCCACUCCUGGCCCAGUGGGUAACAAGAGAAUGGUUCAUUUUUCUCCAGAUUCUCAUCACCAUGACCAUUGGUUUAGCCCUGGGGCUAGGACAGAGCAUGACCAGCAUCAGCUUCUGAGAGAUAAUCGAGCUGAAAGAGGACAUAAGAAAAAUUGUUCUAUGAAAACAGCCAGCAGGCAAACAAGCAUGCAUUUAGGAUCCUUAUGCACGGGAGACAUCAAACGGAGAAGAAAAGCUGCACCUUUGCCUGGACCUACUACCACAGGAUUUGUAGGUGAAAAUGCCCAGCCAAUCCUAGAAAAUAAUAUUGGAAACCGAAUGCUUCAGAAUAUGGGCUGGACGCCUGGGUCAGGCCUUGGACGAGAUGGCAAGGGGAUCUCUGAGCCAAUUCAAGCCAUGCAGAGGCCAAAGGGAUUAGGACUUGGAUUUCCUCUACCAAAAAGUACUUCUGCAACUAAUACCCCCAAUGCAGGAAAAUCCGCCUAAGAAAAGCAAAGAAAAAAUGUUUUACAGACCUUAUUCACUAUGUCCCAUUGUUCUAAAAUCAUAACAUGACUUCUGUUUUUGAAGCAAAAAUCUACAUUGCCUCAAACACAUCACUCUAGCUUCCUAACUGCAUACAGUCCUACCAUAGUGAGAGAAAUGGGAUUUCAUCACAAUUCAUGGUGCUAAAAUGAAAACCUCUGCCCUUUAAUUUUUUUCAGUAAUUUCCAGCUAUUUCUAGGUAUAAAGAGCAGCUCAUUUCUCUUAUUUAUUUUAAUCUCAUGUGUCAGUACUUUCUGAUGCUUUGCUUAAUUCAUGUAUGUGUGCAGUGCUGCAAUGCCCAGACAAAUGUGAGCACACCCACCGGUUUCUAAAAUGGGAUAGGCAGGAAAGGAUUGUGUUUUAUAUCAUCCCUAUCUAUUGUAACCCAAUAGACCUGCCAUCGCAUCAGCGAAGUCCGAACACAUCUUUGUUUGAAAGGCUUGUCAAUUUCAUAUUCCUUGAAUUUGGCUUCUUUGUGAGGAUUUUCUGACAAAUGAUACCCAUUAAUUUUCUAUCCUUAGAUAAUAUAGUGUGAAGUUCACAGUUGAUAAACAAUAAUUAAUGUUUCCCUUGGACAUUUUGACAAAAAUAAACCUCAUCAUUGUUAUCACCAGAGUGCCCUCGACAUUACUUUAAUGCAGAUUUUAUAAAUUUUACCUCAUUUAGAACAUAAAAUGAUUAUUGAAAGAAAAAUGUAUUUUUUAAAUUCACCAUGAUUGAACUGUAAAUUCUAUUAAUCCAGAUGUACUUCUACCUCUGUUUUCCCAAAAACUGAUAUUUUUUUUAACAUCAACUCAAGUGUAGUAAACGGAUUUAUAAUUUUAAUCAUUGGAGUAAUUUAUUACAAUAUUGAGUCAAUUUAUAUGAAGAGUUAAAUGGCUCUCCCAGAACUCAGAUUUCUGGCAAUGGCCCAAACCAUUUAGAAGGUGAACAGAAGAAGUAAAUGGUACUGAUUUGCCCUUUCUAGGACCCAAGAUGUGACUUUAAAACCUAGCAAAAGAAGUCCUUUUUAUUAUGUGCCUAGUAUUGAGCUAUUUCUGAGUCAUUUGCUUCAUAGUAUCAGAGAUUCUAAAUUGCUUUUAGUUUAGAAGAUCUUUAUUUAUUAUCCUCAUUAUUAACAACUUAUGAUGAUUAUUUUAUUUAUAAUGGCUUUUAUUGGUUGAGUAAAGACUAAGAUAACACACCUGAAUCACUUUUCUAAUGGGUUUUUUAAAUCUUGUCACUUUCCAAAGAGAUUUUUUUGUUUCUUUCUUUUUUUUUUUUUUUUUUUGACAGAGUCUGGCUCUGGCUCUGUCGCCCAGGCUGGAGCGCAGUGGCGUAAUCUCGGCUCACUGCAGCCUCCCCAUCCUGGGCUCAAGUGAUUGUUCUGCCUCAGCCUCCCAAAUAGCUGGGAUUACAGGUACCCACCACCACAUCCGGAUAAGUUUUGUGUUUUUGGUAUAGACAGAGUUUCACCAUGUUGGCCAGGCUGGUCUUGAACUCCUGACCUCAAGUGAUCCACCCACAUUAGCCUCCCAAAGUGCUGGGAUUAUAGGCAUGAACCACCAUGCCUGGCCCCCAGAAGAGUUUUAAAAGGUGUUAAAGGAAGUUUAUGCAUGUAACAGACCUUUCUCAGGUGGUCCCCUAAAAAAAAAUCCUGCCAACUGGGGAGGUGAAGGCCAACCUUCUAUUUGAAAUUCUUCACAGUUUGCCAAAUGUACAUUUCUUGAGAAUCAUCUUCUUUCCCAGGGAUAUUGUGCCUAGAGGACAGGUUGGUUAGGGGACUAUGGACGACCAGAAGAGAUGUUCUUUUGAAUCACUCUUAAUGGAUGAAGUAACCCCAUGGACUUUCUACAAGUUUUUUACUUAUAAAUUUGCCAUUUUCUAAAUGGAUAUUUUCUAAAUGCUCAUUCUAUCUCUGUAGCCAGGGAAAGGGGGAAGAUUAUAUACAAGUUUUAAAACUUCUUUGUGAUAGUGUAUUGUGCUCUAGGAUCUAUUCAAAAUUUGGAGUUUGAGCUUUUUCUUAAUUUAAUUGCCUGGAGAUCUGCAAAAACCGUAGGAUCUCAGAAAGCCAAGUGUGAAGCCACUAAGAGCAAACAAUGAGGUCAUUAUGAGCCUGGUUCCAAACUUCUGAGGACUUGGCUGUUCUUUUUCACCUUACUGUGUUCUAAUGGAGGUAAAAACCCUUGUAGUGAAGAAGAGCAGUAUAUAUAUCAGACUAGUGUAUAGGAACUUCUUCAUUAAAUAUUGCAAUCCUUAUGAAUGCUGUUUAUUGUUGCUGUUCUGGCCAGAUACAGAUCUUCCAAAGCAACUUCUGUAGGAUGUACAUUUAGGUUCUCUAACACCUCAAAAAAAUUAUUCUUUGUAUUUUCAGCUAAUAGAAGACAGUUCUUCAUCUUGACACCCUCUUUGUUUUUCACAGAGGACUUAAAAUACUUCUUAUUCUGUUGAAGUGUUUAAUUGUGCAGAAUAUAUGUACUCUACAGUAUAUGUGAAUCAGCACUCAAAGUAGAAAAGUGAUAACAUCCCAAGCUUCCCCCAUACUCCUACUGACAUGCCCUCAGCAUUCAGUCUUUAAGAAAAUUCAGUGCAGACCUGAUGUUCUGGUUGUACCUGAACUUAAUUGGAGAAACAAAAACAAUUAAAAUAGGAUUUUUUUAGUAUAAAUCAAAUGUCUUUCACCAUCUGAAGCCCACUAAUUUGAGUUUUAUAUAUAGUUACAGUUAAUUUUUUGCCAGUUACGAUGUCCAUAGAACCCCAAGAUUUAGAAUGUAUAAAGGAAAGAUUUAUGUUUCCCUUAAAAGGUAGUAAGAUGUUUCUUCUGCUCCUUUGUGAAGCCACUCUUCUACAGUAUCUGUAGCCUUAUAGCAAAUUAACUGGUUGUACUAAAAAUUUUAGAGAGUGCAUAGGUCUUCCUUUUCUAUCCUAAUUACCUGCAAUAGCCUAGAGACAGUGAGCAUGAUUACAUUACCAACUUGACUGUUUAAAAAAUUUAUUUGUUAUACUUGAUAACGACCAGACUGUGUGCUGGAGUCAUUUGUUUCCUUCUUUUCUGCUCCCCAAAUACAAUAUUUAAUUUGGUUGCUUUUAUUUUUAAACUAUAUGGCACCCUUUUAAAUAAGAAUUCAUUGCUAAUUAAAAUCUGCCAAUAAAUUGGUCUCAGCAUUUAAAUACCAUAUAUUUUAUAACUCAUACUGUGGUUAUCAAACAGAAGUUAACACAGUAGGUGUAAAGAUAUACAUAAUGUGUACCUAUAGGUGUAUUUAUAAUGCCUAUGUGCAGUAUACAGACAUAAUUAGAAAAUAUUGCAUUUUAUUAAUGUUUAUAUUAACAUAGAGAAUUGGUAUUCUUGUAAAUUGAACUGACAAUUGCUUCUAUUCAGUACAUUUCAUUUUGAGCGGAUAUUUCCCAAAAGAGAAAAAAAUCGCUGUUGACAUGCUUUUUAAAACCAUUUUCAUCUGUAUUUUGUCUUUCAAAAAGAAAAGUGAUCUAAAUUGGCAUUGUAAAGAAAUUGCUAGCAAAGAAUUUUUUUUUUAUUCUUUCUUUUGGCAGAAAGUUAUAUUAAUAGUACAACAAAGAAGGAAAGAAUAAAACCUAAUGUUUAAGACCAUUAUUUAUAAGCAGUCAUUGUCUUUGUGCUUUAAAUGUUUCCCUUUUACCUUACAGUAAUUUUUUAACAGUUGAAAGUACUUCAAAAAUUUGUUUCAAUGAGUACCCGAUGACAAUUAGCAUUUAAUAAUGCAGUUAAGUUCAUUGUUAUUAAGCCUUGAAAAAUUUCAAUAUCUCAAAAAAAUUAGAGAAAAAUAUUGGUAAAUGUAUUUGAUUCACGAAUGUAUUCAUAGUCGAUUGUGAGCUGCUCUACCACAUUUCCCUGUUUUUAUUGUUUCUGUGAAGCUUGAUUAGACUAACUUGCUUAAGGUCUCUUUCCGCUCAAGGAUUCUGUGAUUCUAAUGUAACAGGGUAUGCAGGCUCUCUCUGACCACUUAAAGUAUCAGAGUUCAAAUCUGUUACAAUCACUCCAUUUCCUUUUGGAAAGUUGUGCCUCUCAUAAAGCUGCUUGGACAUUUUAAGUGUUUCGUAAUACAGAUGAAAGUAUUGAGUUUUGUUUUCUGUAAGAGGCAUUUCACUAUGUUGAUUAAACUUAUCUUUUCUCCCAAAAAAA